UUCUUCAUUGCAUCAAAAACCCGAAAUUAGGGGUUUUCGAUUUUCAUCUUCGAGCUCUGCCUUUGCUCUCUUUCCAUUGUUCAGAAUGACGAAGUUCAGAAAGCUUGGUCGACCUACAGGUCACCGGAUGUCCAUGCUGAGAACAAUGGUUUCUCAGCUGGUGAAGCACGAGCGCAUUGAGACUACUGUUGCCAAGGCGAAAGAAAUUCGACGGCUUGCUGAUAAUAUGGUUCAAUUUGGAAAAGAGAAUUCCCUUUGUGCUGCAAGGCGUGCUGCUGCAUUUGUGCGAGGCGACGAUGUCCUUCACAAACUAUUCACGGAAUUGGCUUAUCGAUACAAAGAUAGAGCUGGUGGAUAUACAAGACUUCUUCGGACUCGUAUACGUGUUGGUGAUGCUGCACCAAUGGCUUAUAUAGAAUUUAUUGAUAGAGAAAAUGAGCUGAGGCAGUCCAAGCCUCCAAAUCCUCAACCACAACAGAAGGCUCCAUUGGAUCCUUGGACAAGAUCACGGCUUAGCAAGCAGUUCGCACCCCCCAAAGAGAUCAAAUCUGACUCUGAAGUGUGAUACUUUUAUGUUCAAUAAAGAAGGUUUUUUCCCCCCCAAGAAACCCAUCUAGCCACACCCAUCCAGUUUGUUUUGCAAACUUCAGAUGUAAAAUCAAACAAGCCAUAGACAGUAGACACACUACUUUACAAAAUUUUAUCUCUGGUUCAAGUUUUCCCUCAAAAGAAGUGUAAUUUUCAUCCUUCGAAGUUGCCCAUUUCUUGAGAAUUCUACACACUGCCUCGUCCAUAUAACAUGACAUCGGACCUUAAAUGGAUAAAGCCCGGGUCCCUCUCACUGCAACUUAUUCAGGAAAAAAAAAAGCUUUAGGUGAUUCUGGUUGAAUAUAGGUGAGAAUAAGGUGAUGGUGGAAUUGUGCAUCUGUUGGGGUUACAAAUUUUGUCGCCUUGUUGACAGUGAGGAGCAACAAUGUUGAAGACAUGUUUAAGAGUGAUUCUAACUUGUCAUUUGUUUAAAAUCAUUGGUAUAUUAUCGUCAAACGUUUGGGCAGGUUUGUGAGUGAUUUUGGCAGUAUCAAAAAUCAACUAUAUCUUUUUUUCUUUUUUGA